CAUUGUGCGGUAGAGACACUGUGGCUGUCAACAGGGAGCGCUCGGACGAUGGCGUGUAAAUCGUAGGGGUAUUCUGCCGACCGUGAUGUUUUCUUAUGUUCAUAAAUCUGGUUUAUCUUUAUUUUAAAUGGAGAUUAUCGCAGUCGGUCGACGCUGGGUCAGGUUUACGGACCAGGUCUGUGGGAUGAGGUCCGCGGUGUUUGGGGAUGCGCAGUGCGCCUCCCUGCCGCUGCUGACUGGGACUGCUGCAGUGUAAACAAGAUUGUCCGAGGCUGCAUCGCUGCUGUCUGUGGGGCGAAAGAGUCACCGACACAGUGACAAAUGCCAGCUGAGUUCUUGGCUUAACAAGCGACAGUUUCAUCAUGAACCGUCCGCGGGUUUUCAGUGCGCAACGAUUUCAGUUCUGCAAGCUGGCCUGGUUUUCUUCUUUUAAUUAAACUGGACAUCUGUCACUUGUGAGCAAAUGAUCCUCUUUCUCGUUUGAUUAAUCAGAUGGACUUUGUCGCUGAGGAAGUAUCAACUCCCUCUUGAAUCUCAGGAAAAAUGACAGACAACCAGGAAACCCCAGAUGCUGAGGACGCGACUCCGUCCCGGAGCACGACCUUGCCGCCGCCGCCGCCGCUCCGGCCGCCGUGCGAGCGCCUCUCCUGCCACAAGACCAGCGUGUGCUCCCGCUCCUACUUCGUGGUAGUAAUGGUGUUUUUUCACGUGUACAUCAUUAAUGUUAUUGCACUGUUGUUUUACGUGCACUACAACAGCGGGCAGGACGAUGCCAACCGGAGUCGUGAUGCUCCCACCGGUAACCACCAACAGCGCCCCGAGUCGGGACGUCCGCCAUCAAAGCCUGAGUUUCUGCGUGAUGUUUCCCUAACAAGAAUCGAGGGAAUAAGGGUGGGACAUGUCCAGAAGGUGUCACUGGUGCCAGGCAAAGUGCAUGAAAUGCGCACUCUGAGUCUGAAACCUCUGCUGUUUGAGAUCCCUGAGUUUUUAUCGGAGGAUGAGUGCCGUGUUGUGAUGCAGCUCGCACAGCUAAAGGGUCUGAUGGAGAGCCAGUUGAUGGUGCAAGAUGGCCAGGAAGAGCUGGCCAAGGAGCUCAACCUCAGCCCAGACGAGAUCUUCAACCUUCUUGAUAUCAACCAGGAUGGAGAGUUGCAGCUCCAUGAGAUUCUGACUCAUUCUCGAGUGAGGGACGGCAUCUGGCUCACACCGGAGAAUCUGCGUGAGAUCUAUGCUGGGCUCAAAGCUGACAAGGAUGGUAAUGGUUUGCUGAGUCUAGAGGAGUUCAGGCUACUGAGCAAUGAUGCCUUCCAGCGCUUCCUGAUGCAGCAAGGAGUGAAAAGGAGUCAGCUGGUGAGGAACAGCAGACACACCUGGCUGUACCAGGGCAAAGGGGCACACCAGGUCCUCCAAGACAUCAAGGAGAGGGUGACUCGCCUCACCCGGCUCCCGCCCUCAUUAGUGGACCUCAGCGAGCCGCUCCAGGUGGUUCGCUAUGACGAGGGAGGACACUACCAUGCCCACCACGACAGCGGCCCUGUGUAUCCUGAAACGGCCUGCACACACACGCGCCUCGCAGCCAACACUUCAACUCCGUUUGAGACGUCUUGCAGGUACAUCACAGUUCUCUUCUACCUGAACUCUGUUGAGGGGGGUGGGGAGACCGCAUUCCCUGUGGCAGACAACAGGACCUAUGAUGAAGUGUCUCUCAUACAGAAUGACGUUGACCUUUUGGACACCAGAAGGAAUUGUAACAAGAGUAACCUGAGGGUGAAGCCUAGCAAAGGCACAGCUGUUUUUUGGUACAACUACCUUUCUGAUGGAAGAGGUUGGGUGGGUGAGCAGGAUGAAUACGCUCUGCAUGGAGGCUGUGUGGUCACCCAUGGCACUAAGUGGGUCGCCAAUAAAUGGAUCAACAUUGAUCCAGAUUACCAGCGGCAGGCUCGCUACCAGCAGCUGGUUUCACAGCAGCCAGAGGACGAAGAGGAUGAAGAAGGUCUGACUCUGAACCCGGACAUACAGAGUUCUGAUAUCCAUGAAGACUUGUAGCUCGUAAACCAAAUUUAUAUUUAAAAAAAAUCUACCUAGCCUUCCAGUCCUGUGCACAACUUCUUUGGCAAUGUCCUCUGUGGCCAGUAUGUAGAGACAAGAUUUAUUCAGGGAACGAGGUCACAGUGGAUUUAUGCAACUGUAAAGAGAUGCUUUUGUUAAAUAUUGCUUGGAUAUUGUUAUCCUGUUAUUUUUUAAUCUGCUGUGAUUUCCCAUUUUAGGAAUGUUGCACUAGAAACUCAUUAAAGGAAUUGAGACAAAAAAAAA